GUAUUUUGCCUAAUUUUGUCAUACUGAACCUGGCAACACUUGGUUCCGCCAAUUUUGCAAAUCGACGCUUAGACCGCGCCAUUUCAGACCAGGUUUUUGCAAAUGCCAUCAAUCGAUUUCGACGACAUUCCAGCUGCCAAAAAGAUGAAGAUCGACAAGUGCGUCCUGCGAUUCGCCAAACUGACCGAAAAUGCUUUGGAGCCGGUGAGGGGAUCUGCCAAGGCGGCGGGAGUUGACCUGCGGAGCGCCUACGACCUGGUGGUUCCGGCCCGGGGAAAGGCCAUCGUGAAGACCGACCUGCAGGUGCAGGUUCCGGAGGGCUCCUACGGCCGUGUGGCCCCACGGUCCGGACUGGCCGUGAAGAACUUCAUCGAUGUGGGCGCCGGUGUGGUGGAUGAGGAUUACCGCGGCAACCUCGGCGUCGUUCUGUUCAAUCACUCGGACGUGGAGUUUGAGGUGAAGCGCGGCGACCGCAUCGCUCAGUUCAUUUGCGAGCGCAUCUUCUAUCCGGAACUGGAGCUGGUCGACAAACUGGAGGACACCGAACGCGGCGAGGGAGGAUUCGGUUCCACGGGCGUCAAGGAUCUACCGGCGGCCAAGGCGCAGAACGGCAACGGGGAAAAGGCUGCCGAACCGGAGGCUGCGGCUCCCACUCCCAUUGCCACGUAGAGGACAAACUACCAUAAUGUUAAGCACAUCGUAUUUUGGGCCAAUAUUUCCUAGGCCUUUCAUAAUCCAGUAUGCUUAAGAGAAAAAUGUUUAAGUAUGUGUAUAUGCUUGUCAUUUAAAGGCGGCCAUUAUACUAAUAAAAAUCCAAUAUUGCCA